CGAAAGCCGCUCCACCUCUUCCGGGCGGGGUCGCGUCCCGGCCAGGCGGGAGCAAGGUUUUCGAGAGCGUUGGGCGCUCGGCGCUCGGCGGGUCGGGGUAGCCCUAAGCCGGGCGUCAUGUCCCGCAACCUGCGCACCGCGCUCAUUUUCGGUGGCUUCGUCUCCCUGAUCGGCGCCGCCUUUUACCCCAUCUACUUCCGGCCCCUAAUGAGGCUGGAGGAGUACCAGAAAGAACAAGCCAUAAAUCGGGCUGGAAUUGUUCAAGAAGAUGUGCAGCCUCCAGGGUUAAAAGUGUGGUCAGAUCCAUUUGGCAGGAAAUGAGAGAGGCUGUCAGCAACUCUGAUUACGAGUAUAGACAUCUGCGUGCUUUCGAUGUGGCAGGGACCAUAAUAAAUCACCUGGCUAUCGGCUGAAAGCUGGAGAAACAAACUGCAAUGCCAUCAAUAAGACGACUUGUAAUGAGAGACUGUACCCAAGGAUUCACAUCAAGUAUCCGAAAGAACCCUGGAAUGAAUUACACCGUUAGCAGGUUUUCAUGAUUCGGUUUGCCUUCCCCAAAAAUGAAGCCGUCUCCCACGCUGUGUUUGGAGGGGACCUGCUUAUUAUUCAGCCUUUACCCCUGACAGAGCCGUGAUGUGCAUACGAGCAACCAGGAAGGUGCUCGUAGAUGGUUUGCCAUCUUCCAAAUAAGAGACUGCGCCGAAAACCCUCCCUGCUGGACCACGUCCUGGGGCUCUUCGAAAACGUCCAUGUUGGAAGGCUCUCUGGGGACAGGGUACGCGGGGCUGUUUAGGAAUAACCAGUUCCCUUACCCACGGCUCCUGGAAGGCGGCUCUGCAUUGGAAACUAAGUCACUACGAAGCCCAUUCAGCUGUGUACGUGCAGGUGCAUGGUUCAAAUCACGGUGAAUUAACAGGAGUGCAAAUAUGCAUACAGUAAAAUGAUUUAUUUUUAAUACACAAUGGUCUAUGAAGCUUUCUCUUCAAGUACUUUUUUGUAAACUCUUAAGUACCAAGAAGCAUUCUUGGACUAGAAAUUUGUGCAGUGUUCUGUUUGUACAAGUGAACAUUUUAAAGGUAACUUGCAAUUUGGUGAGGCAGGUGUUUGUGGAAUCAUUGUCUACCAGGUCCCUCACCAGGUGUUGCUGAGAGGAGACUGAAAUUCCUCUCCCCCACUCCCGGCUCCCUCCCUCCCUCCCUCCCUCCCUCCCUCUCUCUCUCUCUCCUGCUCGUUCUAGCCCCUUUUAGAUUAUAUGUUUCUGAAAAGGUGCCUUGCAUAUGGCUGUAGGCUGUCUUUAGAUGAAACGGCUGAUGGCAUAAUUUUAUUCUUGGGAACUUAGAGUUUUCUUAAUAGAUAACUGACUCAGUUAUGCAAUUCCUGCCAAAACGAAAGGAGAUUGAUGGUUCUCAAAGCACGUCACUGUGUCUGGUACGCAUUCCCUGACGUUUAAUUGACGUAGGGGUAACAGCUCAAUAAAGGAAGUUGACUCACAGAGGUCCAUUUGACCACUGUUUGCUUUGGUGGGGUCACCAAGAAGUUAACACAGCAGAGUCCGAUGCUUCUGAGUGUAGCCAGCGCGUGGCACCACCUGUGGUGGGGGAUGGCCGGGCUGACAUGGCUGUGCCUGCGCUCUGUGGAAGAAAACCACAGGGCCUCCACCAGCCGUCUAGGCUGGACCAGAGCCUGGCCUGGCCCGCCUCCCUGCAGAGAGAAAGGGGCUGAGCGUCCCGCCCAGCUGCCUGGAGUUGCUCAGAGACGUCACUUCAGACUCUGCUGUCUACCCGUGGCAGGUGCUGGCGUGCAAGGCGUGCUGUCCCUGGGGACUGACCCACGGCCUUGCUGUUCCUGCCUGGGCGGCCCAGGGGCACCCCAGGCUGAUGCCUGAAGCUCUCGAAAGGGCGCAGCUCAGUCACGUGCCUUUGGGAAAGAGUUAAUGAAGGGGACGAGGUGUAUUAGCUUGUCAUUCUAUGAUUUCUAAGACAGGCAUAGCAUGGCCAGGUGUAGUUGAUGAGAGCAUUUCUCGCAGUUUAUCUUCUAGGACUGGAGCUAGCAGCAGAAGACUUUUGGGGGAAGUCUUCCUUAGACCAGUGGUUCUUAAGCUUUCUGGUCUCAGGGCCCUGUUACACUCUAAAAAAUUUUGGGGGGUGGCCCAGCUCUGUGGCAGAGCAGGUAAGCUGCUGCCUGCAGCACCAGCAUCCCGUGUGGGCACCGGUUCUAGUCCCAGUUGCUCCACUUCUGAUCCAGCUCCCUGCCAGUGCACCUGGGAAAGCAGCGGAAGAAGAGCCAAGUGCUUGGGCCCCUGCACCUGCGUGGGAGACCCAGAGGUAGCUCCUGGCUCCUGGUUUCAGAUUGGCCCAGCUCCAGCCAUAGGCAGCCAUCAAAUAAGUACAUAAAUCUUAAAAAAAUUUUUUUUCAAGAGCUCCAAAGUGGUUGUUUGUGUGGCUUAUACCUACAGAUGCUUACUCUAUUAGAAACUAAAAGAGAACAUGGAAAAAUAUUUAUCAAAUCAUUUAAAAAUAUAAGUAACAAACCCCUACAGAAAAAAGGCAGUUUGCGAAUCCGAAGAGACUGGAUUCUCGCAGCUGGCGCUGCCUCUGAUCUGUCGCUAUGCCACACACGUGCCCUCAGGGAAGCUCUGCCGUCCUCGCUGCUAAGAGGGUGAGUGAAACCAUCGGAGAUGCUGUCCAUGUGUUGUAAUGUGGCUGGACCACGCAGACCUCCUGGGAAAGCCUCAGAGACCUCUGGAAAUCCCUGGCCUGCAUUUUGAGUCGUUUUGUCCCUCUUGGAUCGAAUCAGGCCCUUUGAGAGUCGUGUGGCCAAGUUGCAUUAGUUCCGUCCGAGAGUUACCCAGGCUCUGGCCUGUCCUCCUUGAGAGGGACUGUAAGAGAAAGGGAGAAGCUGACUGUUUCUUACUUUUGUAACUGAAAUCAAGUUGUCGGGGUUUCAGUGUUGAAUCAUAUCCCCCGUGGGAAGACUUGGAAUGAAAAUAAAUUCUGAGAUCCAGAAGCGGCAGCACUGCCCAGUCAUUGGUACCUGUAUCCUGUGAACGUUCAGUUCUAUAACUUGAUUCCCUCUUUGUGUUGCCUGAUAGGAAGCUCAGCCAUAUUUGUGGUCCAGCUUUUUACAAAGUGCCUAAGACCUUGUGAGGUGCACUUGGACCCUUGGGUUUGUUUCAGCCUCUCCCCCCACCCAAGCCCCUCCAGCCCAUGUAUUCCUUCCUGCCAUCUCACUUCAGUAUUGUCUUAAAUUGUCUCUUAGACGCCUCAUUUUAAAGUGAGUCUGCGCAUUAUUAGUAAAUAUUCAACUGAAAAACCA